CCACGUGCAACCUGUACAUACAACUCCUCCUUCUCUCGACACCUCGAGGGAAAUGCAGGGCAAUCACAUGGAGGCUGCCCGGACAUACGCCUCCUGCUGCACCCCCGGCAAGUCGCAGAGGCGGUACACCUACCUUCGUCCUCAGUACCUCGACGUGCAGCUAGCGGAGGAGCCAGCCUCCCUCCAGUGCUCCAUCCAUGAGUGCGAGCACAGCUUCGAUGCCGCACUGGAUCAGUUCAUGGAGAGCAUCCUCAAGAUCCUUGAGAUGCACGACAUGGAGAUCGUUCUCUUCCGCGCCCUCCUCACCAACUUGUACUCUAUAUGCUGUGUCGUCGGUGACGGACGGUACCUGGGAAGGAUCUGGCAGUCCCUGGCUGUCAGGCUGCGCAGUGGUAGCCGCCAUGGAUCGUCGGGCUCGGAGCACGCGAGCUCGAAGCAGGCAGCGGCGGCGACGCCGUCGUCAUCAUCGUCAGCAGCAGCAGCAGCGACAACACCUACAGGGCUCAGGGAUGGGGACAGGGAGGGCGGGGGAGUGCUGGAGAAGAGGCGGUCCAAGUCAGGCAAUUUGACCAUCUACACUGGCUGUGAUGGGAAUGAGAACGAGGAGGCGGGAGAGGAGGAGGACACGGGCUCUGACUGGGAUGACUCCGACGGGUGGUCCGACGAGGAGGACGUAGCGGCACUUGAGCUGGAGGCAGGAAGCUUCUUGUCGUCCCUCAAGGAGUUGAGCAGGCAGUGGGUCGGGGAGACGUCGAUGCCGGAGAACCGGAGGAGCCUGAGGAGGAUGCUGAGAAUGGAAGUGGAAGCGUCCCCUUCAUCGUGGGAGGACAUGCUGCUCUGCAUGCCAGAGACAGUAAGUUCGAUGGUGAGGAAGUUGACGAGUUGAGAGGUGUUGUUGAGACUUCACUCUUGGUAUCCCAUGACCUCUUGCAUGAAUGACAGCCGUUGAUACGCC